UCAUAGUUGAUUUCAAUUGUAAGCCCGGAGUACCAUGAAAGUCUGCGUCUCAGUUUUGGCUUGGGCCACCUUGGCGCUGCUCCUGUGUACAACACAGGCGCAGGAGCCAGGACCAAAUAAUGUUGCUGGUGCUGCUCAAUCAGGCAUGGCAAUAGGCGCGGGCGCCGGGGCUGGAGCUGGAGCUGGCGCUGGCGGCGAUGGACAAGGUGGAGACGCCGGAGCACGGGGUGGCGCCGGUGCCGGUGCGGGUCUAAGCUUUGGUGGCGGUGCUGGCGGUGGAGCACAGGGUGCAGGAGGACGCUAAAUGUAGCACGGCAAGGGCGGCGGUGGCGGCAUUUCCGUUUCAAAUAUCAUUUGCUAAAGUCACAGGUAAACAUUGCACUUGCGGACCUGUGUCAUACGGGGCGACACGUAGCUGCGAGCCGGCAUAAAUUCGGUAGCACUUCAAUGGAAAAACGACAACAUCAAAUACGCGUGUGUGGCAGCCUUAAUUCCAGUUAAUGCCGUUUUAUGAAACGCUUCCCAAAAUAAUAACAAAAAAAAAGAAAAUAAUAAUAAAAUAAAUAAAAGCACAAACAAUCGCCGCCGCCGUCGCUGAUGCCAAUCGCUGCCGUCGCCGCAAUCGAAAUCGAAACCGAAAUAGAAAAUUCAUCAGCCAAGUUAAAAAUAUCAUCGAAAAUUUCCACAUAAAUCAAGUGAUCAAUAAAAACCUAAACGGCCACGGAAAACACAAUCAUUGUGAAAUAUGGCGCUUGAAAUGUUUUUGUUAUUA